AUGAAGUAUACCCAGGUAGAAGAUCCAGAAAAUAAAUCAGAUAUUGCCCAGAAGCGAUCCUGCUUGUGUAGCGUAUCAAUUCAUCUGCAUCGCAAUAAGACGAUGGGCAAAAUUGCAAAAAAGAAAAACUGGAUAAGAUCUACUUCGAUGCAUCCAAAUAUUGAGCAGAAGAAUGAACAAGACAGUCUGAACAAGGAUCAAGUAGAAGAAGUCAAGUGGACGGGUACAAACAGAUGGAUAAGAUUAGAAAUAGCAACACGCGGUUGUUCUUGUUACCAGGGCCGCGCUAAGUGGUGGAAUGGUCAGAUAGAUAACAGCCUGUGUGGUGCAAGCUUUUUAAGUUGGGGUUGA